AUGGCAGAUCCCCUUACCGUGGUAGGGGCUGUCGCAUCGACGAUUCAACUGAUUGAGUUCACGGCCAAAGUUUUCGACCGUCUCAAUAACUACAUCCGCCAUAUCGAUGAAGUACCCGAAACCCUCCGCCAGAUCAAGCUCCAUCUACCCCUUUUUAUAGAAACACUGCAGAGAGUUCAAACCUUUAUCGACUUUGGUUACUUCAAUCCAAGGACUUCAUCUGUUCUGAAGGACUUUGUCGAAGAAAGUUUUUCACAAAUGGUCUUGCUUGAUGAUCUUCUUCUUAAAAUCAUACCCGAUAAAGGUGACUCAGUGAUAAAGAAAGGUCGAAAAGCAAUCUUCAGCUUGAAAGAGGAGAGCAGUCUGAAGAAGAUAUUCGAAAACAUUUCAGGAUAUAUUGAGAAGUUGCUGCUUUUUCAAAGCUCGGUUACUUCUGGUCACGCAAUGAUACACACUCAAUCAUUGUUGAAAAUGCAUCAAAGUCAUACAGCUUAUGGCUCAUUGGUCCCUGGUUCUCCAAUACCAACGGAUGCCCGAGCGAUGGGUUAUACGAGCGAACCCGUUAUGAAGUUGGACGGUGAUGCUCGGUUAAAAUCCAUCUCAAACUACUCUAAGCGGGGCAAAGACCGACGAAUAUCAUACUUUUUAUCUCUGUCACGAUUCGGUCUCCUUUGGGCUCUCCAGGUGGACCUCAACAUUUCAUGGGGCAACAAAGCAGUUUCCAUUCUUCCCGGUCUUCAUUUCCAGCAACUAGUCAAAAACACUUCCCCGGGUUUAGAGAUUUUCAUGAGGUGCAUGAUGCAGAAAAUGGAUACCGAAUCAGCAUCCCAAGCCCUGAUUGGAUUGUUUCGCAGGGGUGUUGUAUCUCCCCAUGACGUUUUCCCGGACGGAGCAACUUGGCUGGAAUCCUUUGCCAAUGCGGGGCACGAAUGGGGACACAGAUACCCUGGAACAGUUGGGGACUCUUCAUUGAACAGUUCAGCGUACACGGAACUCAGUCUUGGAAAUGCCGAUGUGGACCCUUUUCUACUCCAGUUCCUUGCAGAAUGUUCAAAAAAUGCUUAUGAUGAGAUUGAAAGACUUGUCCAAGACCCUCGAUCCCUUCGAGGAACGAAUCUUCUGAGACAAAACCCCGUGCAUGUAGCCGUCUUGCGCCCCAAUGCGCUCGCAAUAAUAGUUCGAGUUUUUGGAGAUCUUGAUAUGCCAGACCUGGCUGGUAAAACUCCACUGGAAUAUGCUGCGGCAUAUGGGUCUACAGAAUCAAUAUUGAUUCUCCUGAAAUCUGGCGCACGCCCAUGGGAACUGUUAUCGGAGGCUGUUGCCUUCUUUCGCAACAAAAAAACUUUCUCAGAGAGCUUUGUCCAACAUCAGCUCAAAGAUCUAAUGCUUGAGACCAUGCACACGGGGGACUGGAACUCUAAUAUUAUCCACAUCUUCCUCGGGUUAGGUGUGGAUCCUCGUAUUGUUUCACGAGAUGGGGAUACACUACUGUAUUUUGCUGAUAGCGCAGCAAACGUAGAUGCGUUGUUUCCAACAGCUUCUGAGUAUAUCAAUGACACAAAUAACGAUGGCUGGACAGCUCUGAUGACAUCAAUUGGGAAUCGCCCACUCGAGGUAUCUAAAGCGAUUGUCCAUAGGGGGUGUAACAUCAACCACCAGGAUACUAUGGGACUUUCAGCCUUGCAUAUAGCAUCCGAGUUGAUAACACGAUCGGUGAAAAGUGUGCCUAAUAAGCCAGAUUACGAGUCUAUUCGGUCGAUAUCCACGAUUUUUGCCGUUAUCGCAAUGCUGAUAGCCGAGGAUGCUGAUCCUUUCUCUCGUGAUAAAUGCCGCUGCGCGUGUUCAGAUGGAGGCUGCUCGCCAAUCACCCUGAUGUUGGACCGAAUACCUUCCAUACAUAAGUCACAUUAUCUUGAACCAUCGGGUUAUCUUUGGGUUCUCGAAUGGCUCUUGACUUUAAGCGAUCUCCGUGGGGAAGCAAUUGCACGGAAGGCUUUACUUGAUUUGAUCCGAUUCAAGGAGUUCCAAAAAGCGGAACUCACACAUGUUUGCAUUUCCGAUCAUGAGCCUAACUUCGGAGACUACUUCGAUGGUGAUGAAAUCGACGAGAUUAUGGAUGAAGAGAAGGAAUUAAUAUGGCAACUAGAGGAGACAAUGGAAAAAUGGAAGCAAAAGAUUGAUUACCUUCCGAUCGAAGAAGCGUGGCUCGACAUGCUGAAUGAGUUCUGUCCUGUCAAUUACAAGCCUCCCAUGGUUGGACCUUGGUGGUCAUCAUUUGUGGGAACAAAUUAUGACAAAUCAGAGCAAGCUGCCUUGCCCAGUUUCAUAAUCAGCGCACCAAAUCCGACUGGUUCAUCAUUCUAUGUCGAUAAGAUCUCCGACGUGUAUAGGAGUCAUGAAUUUUUUCCCGUUGAUCCUUCAAUUGCCGCCUCACCCCGGGCAUACAUCGCGUGGGUCGAGUCUAUAUACAGAUAUGGAGCAUCGGACGACUACCCCAUUGAAAUCAACUAUGAAUGGUACGAGAAGAGGAAAUAUUGGGCCAACCGACAGUUUGAAGUUCUAAGAGACUGUGGAAUUUUUGAAAUUCCCCAGUAG